UUCAGCGGUCGCGUCUGCAGCGGAAUACCAUCUCUAGAGACCGGAGUUCACCAUGUCUGCUGACUCUGCUAGCGAUCUGAAGGAGAAGGGGAACGCGGCCUUUGCUGCCAAGCGCUACGAGGAGGCCGAAGGCUUGUACUCCCAGGCUAUCGCCAUGCUCGGAGAGGAAGCGCCCCACACGCUAUUCGGCAACCGGGCAGCGGCGAGGCUAGGCCUGGGGCUGCCGCAGCAAGCGCUGGAAGAUGCUGAGACGGCCAUCAAGAAGGACGGGACGUGGCUCAAGGGGUACCACAGAAAGGCUUGCGCUCAUCAGGCCAUGGGAGAGAGAGGAGUCGCGCUCGAAACGUACCGGCACGCCCUCGACAUCGAACCCAAGAACAAGUGGCUGCAGGAGCAGGUCCGGCGAGCGAGGGCCGAAGUCGUCAGCGCCAGCAAAGUCGAGCCCGUCGAAUCCGUCGACGCGUGGAUUGUUGUGUUCGAGUCGAUGUCGGACUCAAGGGAGCGACUAUCGACGCUGGCACACCUGUGGAACCAAUGCGAAACGCCGGAUAGGCACGAGAUUUUCGGGCAGUUUCUGUCACUGAUCGCGGGCGCGGGCACUCAGCACACGGGGGUCAAGCCCGAGGAUUUCACGGAGGACAUGAUGGUGUCGCUGCCGAUGGACAACUACGAAGACCUGAAGGCAAGGAUUCCGGUGGACACGUGGAUGGCGUUUUUCAGGGGGCUGACCCGCCAGGAGAAGGUGCAAGGCUUCAAGCGCAUGUGGGAGUCCACGGAGGACAAGGAGAAGAACGUGAUCGUCAACGACCUGCGGCAUUUUUUCCUCGAGCCGUUGAUAAACGGAGGUUCAUCUCAAGCGGAGGAGGAUGAUGAUGACGACGACUCGGCCGAAGAGGGAGAGGGGGGGGCGGCGGUGGCGGCGGCGGUCACCGAGUUGGAGCAAGGGGCGAAGGUGACUAGCGACGUGGGGUUGGCCGUGCCGGCUCCAGGGACGGGUGAGGCGGUAGGCAGCAGCGGGCGGCAAGACUAAAUCUCCGCGGGCGACUGAAUGGGAUACGCCGGUGCGGUACAAAACAACUCAACGUCACUUUUUGGCCGUACUGUAGAGACCGGCGUUUGUUACCGGCACUUCGGAGAGACAAGGGCCCGUUGCUGUAGCUGGAGCGUUGCUAGUGAGACGAGAUAUACUGGCGGCAUAGGAGUUCACUGCAAGUGUUUGCUGCUUUUAUUCAGCCUAAGCUGUGGCUGGCGGUUGGGAAAGACCAAGUCCUUAUCUAUGUAGGUUUUGUCAGAGAGCUCUGUUUUCAGCUGGGUUUGGGAGCCGUUCAUCAGCAUGCGGAGUCCAGAAAGUGCUUCGAUGGUUGUCUCCGAGUGAUUCUUUGAUUGGACAAGGUUCGGCCUGGAGCUGGACAACGUAUGCAUUCUGCUGUCUUCAUGUUGUACUUCGAAGUAGUUCUUUGGUGUGAGCGUGGCUCCUGUGUGUGGAACAAACCCGUGUUGUACGAGUUCAGCUGGAGCAAGUCGCACUUUGGGUGAAGCUGGCGGGGUAUGCGUUUCAGUCGCUGGCAGGACAAAGCCUGUGCUCCUAGGUUUGACAUUUAUACAUUUCAGUGUUGUGUCGCGUUGUUUGCAUUUAUUUUGUGAAACUUGUAGGUCUGUUUCAGUUGAACAUGCCCUCCUCCACUUCUUCAAGGGGGGGGGGGUCGUGUUUGCCUAAUUUGUCACGUACGGUGGUUCGUGAGGCCUGGCGGCACGCAAGACCAUAUCCAUGUUUUCUUUUUAAUUUUCCGCCGNGAAUUCGUUUGUAGCCCAGAUUUUACUUUCCCUCUCUUCCCAGAGACCACCACUGGCUCUUCCUAGGGAAACUACUCUGUCCCGCUGUCUGUCACCAGCGGCCCCCACCGAUCGCUCCGGAAGUCUCCUCUGUCCCUACAGUUGAGAGAAGGUUCAACCCCUUCCAUCGGUCCGAGGUAGCCCACACUCUUAUUGGCGUCAGCUCCAGGAUUAGCCUGCUGUCCUCCUCAGACCCUUGACUUCCGCCGACGACCUCGCCAACCAGCUGUCAUUGUCCAAUUUAGCCAACAACGGCGAAUUGCCUACGGAUCAACCCGGCGAACUCUCCGUCCCACCCGUCGCCGAAGCCCGAGAUACUCCGCCCACCAGCGGAGGCCACGUCGAGGCCAAGGGCUUCGACCCACCGUCACCACCCCCACCCAACGUCCAGGACCUCGUCAUCACCACGUCUCCUCCUCCGUCCGUAGCGUCCACCGCUGCGCCCUCCGUCGGCGCUCCGUCCGCCUCCUCUUCGUCCACGGACCUCACCUCCACGCUCUCCAAGAUCCAGUCGGUCGUGAACAGGCACCUCGACCUGGUCACCGAUGGUCGCCUGGAGCAGCUGCCCGACCACGUAGUGCAGCUGAUGGACAGGAUGUUCGAACACCACCGCCAGAACCGAGGACGCACUCCGGCGUUCCAGUCGGGAUCCUCGUCCGGGGGUGGCUCGUCCUCGUCCGGGGGCAAGGCGCCUCGCCACGGCAACCACCGCGGCGGUGGUGGCAACUCCCGUCGUCCCGUCCGCAAGGAGCGCCCCAGGUGCACCCACCCCACGUGCGACAAGCCCCUGGGGCACACGACCGCAACAUGCUUCCAGAAGAAGCGUGAAGAAGCGGCAACCGAGCGCAACCGGCGGCGCAACCAGCCGACGGCCAAGCGUCCGUGCGCGGAAGACCGCACGCCUCGCAGCAAAGAUGCGAGCACCGAUGAUGACGAGUAGGGGUGCCCAGCUAGCGUAGCGCCUGCGGUAGUAGGGUCGUCUCCUGCAGUUGGCAGGAAAGGCGCGAAGAGAAAACUCUCCGCGUCAGUAGCUGUCGGUACACCUGAUUUUGUUGUGCCCCGUGUCCCUGUCCGUAACGGUAGUUACGUAGUGCCUAGAGUACGUCGUCGUCCUCAUGGUACUGAGAGAAAGCUUUUCGGUCUCACUGCUUUGUCUGAAUUUCGUGUCCCCUCCCCGGUGCUUGAUGCCGAAGAGGUACAGCCUCUGCCAUCGUCGCGUAAACGUCCUGCGUGUGAUAGUAGAAGCGCUGUGUCUUCAACUCCCUUGAGUGUGCCCAUCUGUAGCCGCGACGGCGAUGUCGCCCCGCAGAAACGAGUCACUUUUGCUGAAGUUGAAUCUGAGUCCGCCUCCAUGCCCGAUGAUGCGUGUUGCCGUAGACAGUCGCGGCCUCGCCGCUCGUGUUUGCGUUCGAGUGUGAAGGAAGGGAACAUGUUCCCUGUGGAUGAAAAAAAUAAUUCAGACAAUGUGUGGUACAACUCAAGGAUGGCGCACAAACCCAAUCUUU